UCUUGUACUUGGAUAAAAAUGGAUCACAAUACUAGUGAAACAAAGGAUACUUUUGUCCAAAUAUUGUCCCCCCAAAGGUUGAGGGGAAAAGUUGCGGUUAUAACAGGCGGUGCGAGAGGAAUUGGAGCAGCAACGGCAAGAGUUUUUGCUGAAAAUGGAGCUCAUGUUGUGAUUGCAGAUAUACUGAAUGAAGUAGGUACAAGUUUAGCUGAAUCUAUUGGAGGUCGUUACGUUCAAUGCGAUGUUUCGAAAGAAGAAGAAGUUGAAUCAGCUGUUAAAGUUGCAGUUGAAUGGAAAGGAAGAUUAGACAUCAUGUUCAACAAUGCUGGAAUUGCAGGCUUUGGAGGAAGCAUUACAAAUAUCAGAAUGGAUCAGAUGAUGACACUCCUAGCUAUAAAUCUUCAUGGAGUUGUUCACGGCAUCAAACAUGCUGCCCGAACAAUGAUAGCAGGUAAACGUGGAGGCACGAUCAUAUGUUCAUCAAGUUCUGCAGCUAUAAUGGGAGGAUUGGCAUCUCACUCCUACACAAUGUCUAAAGAGGCAAUCUUAGGACUUGCAAGAAGCACAGCUUGUGAGCUAGGGGUUCACGGGAUUCGAGUUAAUUGUAUUUCACCUCAUGGUGUUCCUUCUGAGAUGCUUGUGAGUGAGUUUCAAAAGUUUCUUGGUAAUACAGAACUGAGGCCUAAUGAAGUGAGUUCGAUUGUAGGGGAAAGAGGAAGUCUUCUACGUGGGCGGGGUGGAAGAUUAGAAGAUGUAGCACAAGCUGUGUUGUUUCUAGCUAGUGAUGAAUCUGGUUUUGUAACUGGACAUAAUCUAGUUAUCGAUGGGGGUUACACUUCUGCAUUUAGUCAAAUGAGUUUCAUAUACAAUGAUUGAAGAAAACAACAGAGGAGUUAAUCAUACAUGCAUUUCUCUAUUGUAACUCUCCGAGUAGAAUAUGUGCGUCUAUUUGUUCUAAGUUUAAAUACUAUCCAAAGUUGGAGGGCAUAGAUGUCAGAAGGAAACGUCUAUGUACUAUGUUUUGUAUCACAUGUUGAACACAUUUUGCUUUCAUUUA